ACUGUUCCGAUUCGCGCACAUUGUUUUCAACGUUUUCCAAACCAUCGAAAUGGAUGAAAAGAUUCAGCCAAAAUUUGUGCUGCCUUCGCCCAAGUUUGACAAGCCAAAUGCUCCCAGCACGGCCUCACACCACUACCUGACCCCCAGUGGGAUGACCCUGCUGCCAAGGGCCAAGCAACCGCCGCCCAUGUACGGCGCACGAGGAUCCACAGUGCCUGCCAAGUACCUGGCCAACGAAACGAAUCACCACAGUGAUGUGCCGGCCGCUCCACCUGUUUACAAGUCUCCACCGCGGCCCGAGUAUUGUCACACCUGCGGCAUGAUGUUGGCCAAUUCACAGGACAUGAAGCUUCACCUGGACAAGCACGAAGCUUGUCCCGCCGGGGAUUGUGAUUUUGCUGCCCUCCACAACAUCCUGGAACAGCAUAUAGAAGCUAAUCACAUUACGGGAGACUAUAAAAAGGUGAAGAAGGUGUGGACGGAGGUUGAGCUGGCUGCUUGGCGGGCAGAACGAAGGAAAAGAUUUCCCACUGCCGCCAAUGUGGAGCAAGCCAGGCUGGCCAAGGAGCAGCGUAUGAAACGCGGUGAGCGCUUGGAGGCCUCCAAGUCUCGUUUUGGAAACCAUGAAGAUCGUCAGCGAACGCGGCCUAAAAGUGAUCACAAGGAUCGUGUCAAGCCCAACAAAAAGAAGAAAAGGAGGGGACAAAGAAAGCCAAAUGAAGGGAAAAGGAGAGAAGGAACUAGUAAUGAAGUUAAGGAAGCAGAAGCCACAGCUACUGCUGAGAAGAAGAGCAUUGAAGAGGGAGCAAAAGACAAGCAAACGAAUCUCUUUUCGGGCAAAUUCCAGGGCACUGGACAAAUGAAGGAUUACAAGCACUUUAAGGAUAAAAUUGCCAAAAAGGAUAAUGCUUUGAUAGGCCUGCUGGGAAUGUACGGCUCAGACAGUGAAGAGGAAAGUGGGACAGAGAGUGAGGAAAUGGAAGAGGAUAUAGAUGAAGAGGCAGAAGAUCUUAAAACUCCCACGGAAUGCGUACAAAAUGAAAGUCCAGAUCUUGAAAAAAGCGAAUCAAGCAGAGAAAUAAUUAACAAGGAAAAUACAAUUUCACCAGCCAUCCAAAACGCUUCUAACUCGGGUGACAUUUCAACUCCUCCAGCUUCAUCUUCAGUAAAUUUCACCUCUAAAGUCCAAAAUGAACCCGAAGCAACUUCACCUGCUAAGGAGCACAAUUCCUCUUCCGAUGAGGCACCCGAUGAAGAGCCUUUCCAACGCGUAACUGAAACCAUAAUCCAAGAAGAUCCUCCCAAGCCGGAACCCAAGGAAGUACCUAGACCUCAACUUGCUCCCAAACGAGCUGCACCAAAGCGUGUUUAUGGCUUGAACUUCAAGAAGGCUCGCAAGACAACGCAGCAGAAUACCUUGUUAUCCAAACUCCUAGAAUCAGAUAUAAGACAUGAGAGGAAUGUCCUGUUGCAGUGCGUGCGUCAUGUUUGUGAAAGGAAUUUCUUUGGCAUUGGGCAAAGUAAAGAACCCACGAAAAGUGAUGCUGCGGAGGCUCAAAUGGUUCCUAGUUGUGAUAAACCAGAGGAUAAAACCUCCGAUUUGUAAACAUUUAAAGUUAAAAUAGUUUUAAGCCAUUAAGAAUACAAAAGUUGCAAAUAGAUUUCUUGUUGGCUUUAUUUUAGUACAAACUUACA